UCUUGAGAAUUUUCCAGAUUCUAGAACAAUGGCGGAAGCAAAUAUCUUUGAACUCAACAAUGGCACAAUCCAAGUUAAGGUUUCAAACUAUGGCUGCACCAUCACCUCCUUGUCUGUACCAGAUAAAGAUGGGAAAUUGGAUGAUGUGGUUCUUGGAUUCGACACGCUUGAACCCUACCAGAAAGGGAUGGCUCCAUACUUUGGGUGCAUUGUGGGGCGGGUGGCCAAUCGGAUCAAAGAUGGGAAAUUCACACUCAAUGGAGUUGGAUAUUCUUUGCCAUUAAACAGGCCCCCCAAUAGUCUCCAUGGUGGAAUGAAGGGAUAUGACAAGGUUGUCUGGGAGGUUUCUGAAUUUAAGGAGGGUGAAAAUCCAUCAAUUACCUUCAAAUAUCAUAGUCAUGAUGGGGAGGAAGGUUACCCUGGAGAUCUUUCCAUUACUGCAACAUAUAGUCUUACUGCUAAGACAACACUGAGGCUUGACAUGGAAGCUGUUCCUGGAAACAAGGCAAGUCCAGUCAGUUUGGCUCAACAUACUUAUUGGAACCUCGCCGGCCACAAUUCAGGGGACAUUCUUGAACACACUGCUCAGUUGUUGGGUAAUCACUAUACCCCUGUGGAUCAGAACACUAUUCCUACUGGAGAGAUAAAGGCUGUUAAAGACACUCCGUUUGAUUUCACCACUGAAAAGAAGAUUGGCCGCGAUAUCCAGCAGGUUGGUUUAGGAUACGACCACAACUACGUACUUGACUGUGGAAUCGAGAAAUCUGGGUUGAAGCAUGCGGUGAAGAUCAAGGAUCCCAAGAGCGCAAGGGUUCUUAACUUAUGGACGAAUGCCCCUGGCAUGCAGUUCUACACCGCCAACUAUCUGAAUGGGGUUGUUGGAAAAGGUGGAGCUGUCUACAAUAAGCAUGCAGGGGUUUGCUUAGAGACUCAGGGCUUCCCAAAUGCUGUCAACACACCAAAUUUCCCAUCCAUUAUUGUCCAGCCUGGUCACAAGUAUCAACACACCAUGGUGUAUGAGUUCUCACUUCACUAAAAGCCUAAAAGCUGGUUGGUGAUUUUUGUAGUGCUAAAUUCUCCAAUAAAGUUACUGCCUUUAGUGUAAUUAUGCACAUUUUGCUUCAAACCCACUUUUUCUAAUGACACAUCUUUACACUCUAAAUUAUUGCUCUUUAAUGAUUACCUCAUUUCGCUGUUUAUGUUA